AUGGCUGUAACAGCCGUUGUUUCACCGUCAACAAUUCGACAACAAAUCGAACAACCUCCUGCUUAUAUCUUACAAAGUUGGCGUCGUGAACAACCAAAUUUACAUGAUCGUUAUCUAUUGCGACAAACAUUUUUAAUUGCACCUGACACAGCCGUACCAUAUUCUCGAUUACGUCAACGUAUAAGAAGUAUUUAUGAAGAACGAGAUCGACCAGUUAUUGUUGUUCAUUAUGAUCCAUGGGCAAAAGAAGCUAUUAAUGCAACACGAGCUAAAACAGCAUCGACAUCAACGAAAGAUUUACCACUUAAUAUAGAUCUUGUGAGAAGUCACACGACUAUCUAA